AUGCUCGAAGGCACCUCCGUGGAUGAAGAAUACGUAGGCAUUCGGCUCUGGCUCAUGUGGUCUAUAAACAGCAAGUCCACCACGUUUGCAUCCUUGUCCACUUUUGCCCUCCUGCCCAUCAUGCCAACUACUCCACGUGUCUGCGCCCUCUGGCUGAAGAACUUUCAGCGAAACUCCAAAUGCCAAGCCUUUCUGAAGUUGUUUUUCAUCUUCACCUUUCGCAAAGGAGUCAAUGAGUUGAGCAUGUGUAGGCUGACGGGCUUCCCGAGCCUUGCGAGUUCUUUCCCCUCCUUGGAUGAUAUCGUCCAAAGCCCGCGUGCCACCCUGAAAGCGAAAUCUGGUAAUGCCCGAAAAACAACGAUUCAUCUUCAUCCCUGA